AUGGCAGGAUUUCUUCGAGUCGACAAGACCCGUAUCGUGGACGAGGAGGGCAAGGAGGUGAUCUUGCGCGGUGCCGGGUUGGGAGGGUGGAUGACGAUGGAGAACUUCAUCUCAGGAUACCCUGGAUGCGAGUUCCAAAUACGCGAAGCACUCGCCGAGGUGCUCGGCACCCAGAAGUCUGAGUUCUUCUUCGACAAGUUUUUGGAGAACUUCUUCGCCGAGCCAGAUGCCGCCUUCUUUAAGUCGCUCGGGCUGAACUGUAUCCGCAUCGCCGUCAACUACCGGCACUUCGAGGACAACAUGAACCCGCGCGUGCUCAAGCCCGAGGGUUUCAAGCAUCUCGACCGCGCCGUCGCCGCCUGCGCAAAGCACGGUAUAUAUACCAUCAUCGACAUGCACACCGCACCCGGCGGGCAGAACGGCGGCUGGCACUCAGACGCGGGCACGCACAUCGCGAACUUCUGGAUACACAAAGACUUCCAGGACCGCCUAGUAUGGCUCUGGGCGGAGAUCGCGAAGCACUACAAGGACGAGAAGUGGAUUGCAGGAUACAACCCCAUGAACGAGCCAUCCGAUCCGAAGCACAGCGGGCUAGUGAACUUCUACGACCGCGUCUACGCAGCGAUUGCCGCCGUGGACCCGAACCACAUGCUCUUCCUCGACGGUAACACGUACGCGACCGACUUCUCGGGCUUCCCGGAUGACGCAGCGACGCGCUGGCCGAAUGCCGCGUACGCCAUCCACGACUAUUCUCUGUACGGCUUCCCGGCGAGCCCGGAGCCGUACGCCCGCACGGAGGAGCAGCGCAGGCGAAUGCGGAGGAGCUACGAGAAGAAACGGGAGUGGAUGGACGAGCGCGGGCUCUGCGUCUGGAAUGGCGAGUGGGGCCCGGUAUACGCGCGGAAGGAAUACGAGGGGGAUGCGAUGGACGAGAUCAACGAGCGGCGGUACAACGUCCUGAAAGAUCAGCUUGAGCUAUACGCAAAGGACCGCCUAAGUUGGUCCAUCUGGCUGUACAAGGACAUCGGGUUCCAAGGCAUGGUCUAUGUCUCGCAGGAGACGCCCUACAUGCAGCUGUUUAAGGACCUCCUGCAAAAGAAGUACCGCCUGGCAGUCGACUCGUGGGGCGGAGACGACAAGUUCGUGCGCGACAUCUACGGGCCGAUCGUGAAGCUCAUCGAGGACAACGUCCCCAACGAGGAGCAUCGGAAGCUCUACCCCUACCCGGUGUGGACCGUCGAGGGACGCGUCGCAAGGAUUGCACGAAACACGCUCAUAGGCGAGUUCCUCGUGAUGGAAUGGGCGGAGCACUUCAGAGGGAUGUCAGAGGAGCAGCUCGAGAGGAUCGCGGAGAGUUUCAAGUUCGAGAACUGCAUGAAGAGGGAGGGGCUGAACAAGGUCUUGCGAGAGCACGCGCAGUCGACAGGCUCUAGCUGA